AUGUCAUGGUCCGAGGCAUGGUCUUCUUACAAGCGAGACAAAGAAGAAUGGAUCAUGGGACAAUCUGGCUCCUCCAUCGCUUAUAUUAAUCUUUUGAGCUUAACUCCCCUUGCUUCGUAUGCGUUAUGGCUCUGUGUGAACGGAAGGCGAAAGCAUAAUCUUUUGCACUCGUAUGUUGCCGACUUUGUUAUGUUGGUCGUGCCUCUUAUGCUUGCCUGUACCACUUCAAGCCAUGACAUAGUCGCUUUACUCUCGUGCUUAUCGCUCCCAACGGUUGUACUGAUGUUGCAUGAAUACCGCACUCGCACGAAGAUCGGGACUCACCGUGUCCAAGCCUCGGAAGACGGUAGGCUGCCGCUCAAACAUGCAAAUAACCGCGUCACGCAUACUCAACUUCACGCGGAUGAAUCAAAUGAUGCAUCGUUUCGUGAGAGUUUCUGCGUACAUGCAGACGGUUCAUCCACACAAGAGAAAAAGGACUUGGACUCGGAUACUUCCAUUAAGAGAGAAACGCUUCUCAGUCGGAAUGGAUCCCAAAGCCGUUCGUCUAGUCUUCAUCAAGCGGACUUACAAGGAAAGCAUCUCUCAUGCAUGUCACUGUCACCACUAUGUUUUGAGACAUGCUCCCAAAACUCGAUGUCUACCCCUAUAACCAAUGAUCUAGCUCAAUCUGACAAGUUUCCCAGCCAGAAAUGGUCAUAUGUUACUAUAUAUCGAGCGUAUUUGAUGAUGCUUACGACGUUUUGUAUUCUCGCCGUCGAUUUUCCUGUUUUCCCGCGGUUUUUGGCCAAAUGUGAGACGUGGGGUACAAGCCUAAUGGACUUGGGAGUAGGCUCUUUUGCCUUUUCUCAUGGCCUGGUGUCCCUACGCUCGAAACGAAGCUCAUUCUCGCGCCUUCUAAGACGUACGCUUCCUUUAGUGCUUCUUGGAGCGGUACGUGUCUUGACGGUCAAGCGGACCGAGUAUCCUGAGCAUGUGUCUGAAUACGGUGUACAUUGGAACUUUUUCUUCACCAUGGGCCUUGUGCUUCCCUUUAUUGAUGUCUCACAGCAAAUUUGGCGGCCAGGUUUUGCUCCCUUUGGCCUGUACUCCCUGGGCAUCGCACUGGUGCACGAAUCCGUGCUGGCAUGGACGCCACUCGGUACGUUUGCUAUAUCAGAUGCACGAAAUCCAUUAAGCUGGGUAUCAUUGAACAAAGAAGGUCUUGUUAGUCUUCCGGGCUAUGUGGUCAUUGCCCUAGCUGGCCUCGACAUUGCUCACAUUAUGGCCGAUACGCGACGACGAGACAAAUUAGAGCGUGACUUGUGUAUUCGUUCGUUUUGUCUAUGGCUUGGCGUUUGGAUCGUCAGGUGUUUGGGUUUCCAGAUAAGCCGACGAUUGGCCAACUUUCCUUACACUUUAUGGUGUGCUGCAUUUAAUGUUUCGCUUCUUCUUGGAUUCAAAGUCUUGGAGCGAGUAUUUUACGAUGAUUCUUUUCCUCCGGUACCCCGUUUGUUUGAUCUCAUUAACCGACAUUCGCUAAUUUUGUUCCUCAUUUCCAACGUCCUGACCGGUCUAAUCAAUUUACUUGUGCCAACUAUGUACACCAGCGUGCCCGUGUCUAUGAUCCUCUUGUUUCUCUACAUGGCAAUUGUUUGCGCUGUUGCUCCUGUUUGGGUAUACAUCGCUGGAGACCGAUGA